GCGCGAGCAUCAGCUCUGUCGUCAGUUUCGGUAACAACCAGACGACGGAAACGCACAUCGCUUAGAAAACGUUUUAAGCAGCGUUAAAGCUGCAUAAGUAACGCUUUAUUAAACAUACAAACACGGAAAAUACCAACCCAGCGGAGGAGUUUUAUUAUUGGUCCUUUGUAAAGGAAGAGAAAGGGAAUAAGGAAUCCUGUCGUUGCCUCCGUCCUUCCUGUUCAACCCUUUGUUUUUCACUGCUGUGUUCUAGCAGGCGACCAGUAGCGCCCCCGCGCGAGCCAACAGAAAAGAGCUCGAGGAUAGGGAGCCAAACGAGCGGCCGAGCCUCCUGCCACCCGAGCAACGUGGGUCCCCACAGCUCACUUGUCCGAUGCGGAGUGAGAAUGAGUCCCGCUCUGGAAGCCCUCAUGCAGGCAGACGGGACUCCUUAUCCCGGAAAAGGGGUAAUGCUUGAACCUUUCGUGCACCAGGUGGGAGGCCAUUCCUGUGUGCUACGAUUUGGGGAGCAAACAAUAUGCAAGCCCCUCAUCCCCCGGGAGCACCAGUUCUACAAGAGCCUCCCUCCAGAGAUGAGGAAAUUCACCCCUCAGUAUAAAGGUGUAGUUUCAGUCAGUUUUGAAGAGGAUGAGGAAGGGAACCUGUGCCUCAUCGCCUACCCCCUCCACAGUGAAUCAGGGGACCUGGAAAACAAAGAUCCCUCAGCAGACUGUGAGCCCAAGAGCAAGAUGUUGAAGUUGAGCAACAAGAAGAAGUCUUCGUUGAUUCUGGAGAAUGACAACUACAGCAAAGACAGAGCUCGACACAGCCGUAAGGAAGACAAGAUCAUGAGUUAUAACCGUGAUGAGAUGCAGCAGCAGCAGCAGCAGCAGCAGCAGCAGGCAGAGGUUCUCUAUUUCAGCCUGGAAAAAGGCAACGUUGUGCCACAGAUCAAACACAACCCCUGGAGUCUCAAAUGUCACCAGCAGCACUUGCAAAGGAUGAAGGAGAAUGCAAAACACCGUAACCAAUACAAAUUUAUUCUUUUGGAGAACCUGACGUGGCGCUACACAGUACCAUGUGUCUUAGACUUGAAGAUGGGAACUCGCCAACAUGGGGAUGAUGCAUCAGAGGAGAAGAAAGCAAAUCAGAUUCGCAAGUGUCAACAGAGCACAUCUGCCUCUAUUGGAGUGCGACUUUGUGGCAUGCAGGUGUACCAGUCCGACUCAGGCCAGCUGAUGUUCAUGAAUAAGUACCACGGCCGUAAACUGACCCUUGCAGGCUUCAAGGAGGCGCUCUACCAGUUCUUUCACAAUGGGCGUCGCCUACGGCGAGAGCUGCUGUCCCCAGUGCUGCGCAGACUUCGGGAAAUGCAAGCUGCCCUGGAGGCCUGCGAGUCCUACCGCUUCUACUCCAGCUCCCUGCUCAUCAUCUAUGACGGAGACCCUCUCAGGACUCCUGCUAGACCUAGACACCGUGGUGGGGAAGAAGGUGAUGAGGAUGAGCCAUCUGAUGACGAAGAGGAGGAAGAGGAAGGGGCCUUUGGUUUCCCUCGUUCCUCCUCAGCAGGUGGCAGUGCUAGUGUGGCUGGAGGGAGCAGCAACAGUGGCAGCAGUCGCUCUUCCCACAGCACAGGAGAGGCCAGCAGCCCCGCAGUGGACGUGCGCAUGAUUGACUUUGCUCACACCACCUGUCGGCACUACGGGGAAGACAGUGUGGUGCAUGAAGGCCAGGACAGUGGUUUCAUUUUCGGCCUCCAGAACCUGAUCACCAUUAUCUCUCAACUGGAGGAUCACAGUACUGAUUGAGGCUGGACUCAUGCCAACAUGGUCUACAUUUCAAGCUAGGGAAGAGCUCAUUUAGCUGAAACCCUGCUACUCCAAGGUGCAUCGCCCUUACGCCUACAUGGGGGUCUGACCCUCCUCUGCUUGGAGGGAACCUCAGACACCUCGGGGUCAGGGUAGAGUCUGUGUGGUCGUUCCUGCGCUCUCCCUCACCUGCCAGAGGACAGGGCUGCCUGUGCCCUUACUUGCACUUUUCUCUUUCUGGGACUGCUCCUUUUCUUUGUUGUACAUGGUAGGAGAACUGUUGUGUGAGACGGCGGUCUCUUAACUAACACAGGGACUCCUGUAGCAUCCUAGGACCCUCCCUCCCCCCUCUCCUCCUCUGGUACAGACGAGUUUCUUCAUUGUUAAGUUCUCUCUGAGAGAGAGAGAGAGAGAGAGAGAGAGGCAGAGAUAAUUGAAGCUUAAGUGUAGUUCUAGGAACCUGACAUGGUGCUUUACCUGUGAUACAUUUUUAUAAGAAGUUUGGACUGCAGGUCCCCCACAGCACAGCACAAUAUUAGUGGGGAAGUUGACUGUACAAGCUGACCUUGGCUGGCUAGGUCAGCAUCCGCGUAGCAAUUGACAACUUAAGCUUCUGAGAAGGACAUUAUGUGUUUAUAUUGGUGUUCUCUAAAGACUUCCACAACAAACAUGGUUUGUGUGUCUACCGGCCACUCGGAUUUACACUUUUUGGUGGAAGAACAACAUUAUUUAGGUCUAGAAGAAGGGAUUUGUCUUUUUUUCAAAAGUUGCUUUCCCCUGUACUUUUUUAUUUUAUUUUUGUCUGUACUGAAAGACUUUUUGAAAAGGGUAAUAUCCUUGUUUUGUCACUGUCUUUUUGUUUUCGUCUGAUUUUCUCCUCUUCAUUCCUGAUACUUUGACUAAACAAAGAGAAUUUAUUGAUUUAAAAACACUAGCUACAAAGACUAUAUAGAGACUAUUUAUUUGAUUGUUUAAAAAAAAUGGAAACAGCUACAUUCCAUUUUACCACUCUCUGUUCUGAUACCAACUUUGAUUUAUUUUGUUAUUGCAAGAGCCGAUGUGUCUCUUGUAUACCUGUGUGUUAACAGUGUCUUGAAAAAAUAAAGGCAUUCAUUUGUGGUAAAAACUA